CCCAGCAGAGCUGGGGCUCUGCCUGCAGCCACCCCAGGCACAGCACAGAGGCACAGAGAGCUUCAAUCUGUCAGGACUGGGAAGAUGCUCAGAAGUGAGUGGGGCAGAAUCACUCCCAGCCCUUGACACAGGAAGCCUCUGGCUGCAGGACAAUGCACCUGCAGCUCCUGGAGAGAUCUCCUAAAGCUGGAACAUCCCAAUGCCUACAGACUCUAUCCCAAGGUCCAGCCACAACAAAUGUCCAACAGCAGCUCCAUCAGCCACUUCCUCCUGCUGCCAUGGGCAGAAACACAGCAGCUGCAGCUCCUGCACUUCUGCCUCUUCCUGGGCAUCUCCCUGGCUGCCCUCCUGGGCAACGGCCUCAUCAUCAGCGCCGUAGCCUGCGGCCACCACCUGCACACCCCCAUGUUCUUCUUCCUGCUCAACCUGGCCCUCACUGACCUGGGCUGCAUCUGCACCACUGUGCCCAAAGCCAUGCACAAUUCCCUCUGGGACACCAGGAACAUCUCCUACGCUGGAUGUGCUGCACAGAUCUUCAGGGCUGUGCUGAGGAUCCCCUGUGAGCAGGGACGGCACAAAGCCUUUUCCACCUGCCUCCCUCACCUGGCUGUGCUCUCCCUCUUCAGCAGCACUUCGUCACUUGCCUAUCUGAAGCCGAAAUCCAUCUCCUCCCCAUCCCUGGAUCUGUCCCUGUCAAUUCUGUACUCAGUGGUGCCUCCAGCCCUGAACCCCCUCAUCUACAGCCUGAGGAAUCAGGAGAUCAAGGCUGCAGUGUGGAGACUGGUGACAGGAAAAUUUCAAAAACAUUAAACUGCUGGCUAAUUUCUGUAAAUCACUUUUAAUAC